UAAUCAUUUUCUGAGUCAUGAAAGGCAAAACGUUUGCUCCAUCUAGAUGCGCUUAAAUCUGCACUAAUGAUGCGUUCCUGUCACGUAUUACACAUGCGCACUUCAGUUAGCCGACAAAAAGCGGGUUAUUGCGUUUACAUGCCGCGCGAAAUCGGAGUAAAGAUGGCAGAGACAUCUACGACUGAUGGUCCUGCCGCAGGAGCUGAUUUUGACAUGAUGAGCGCUCUUGAUUGGAAGGACGGCAUAGCCACCUUGCCAGGAAGUGACAUUCGGUUUCGGAUGACUGAAUUCGGCACCCUGGAGAUCGUCACAGAGGUGGAGCCCAAAGUUAAAGAGGCGGAGCUUACAAGCCCACAGCCUCAAACAAUAGGCACCAACAACAUUCAUUCCCCCGAGCAGAACAAAACUUCAAAUCAGACUGCAAAGCCCCGGUCAAAUACAGAGCAUCAGACAAGUCCUGUGGUUUCAGCUGACCCCCACAGGCAGGCAGGGGUCAACAACACCAGGAGCCCCAGCGCUGUGGAAAGCCCCAGUGUGAGUACAGUGCCCAAUGCAAUUGUUCCCAUGACUGAGGCGACUGCAAACUGCAGGUCAUGUGGUCACUCUGGUUCACGUGAAUCCUUUCUUCAAGGCAAAUUUUGCAGCGCUCCUUGUGUACAGCCUACCAGUGGCAGGUCAACCCCAGCUGAGGCUGUCGAAGGAGAACGUUUAGGUAAACGUGUGAGAAAGAAGAAGAAGAUGUUUAUGGAAUCUGGAGAUGAGGAGGAUGACAACAUAGAGGAGGAAGAAGAGAAGGUUAAAUCCUCAAAGGGGAGACGAGCAGCUAAAGUUGCUAGACUAGUGACAGCACCUCUGGUUAAGAAGAAAACCUGGAGUUGGUCAGCUUAUCUGGAAGAGGAGAGAACUAUUGCCGCUCCCUUGAAACUUUUUAAGGAGCACCAGUCAUUUCCUCAAAGCAGGAAUGGAUUUAAAGUUGGCAUGAAGUUAGAGGGACUGGACCCCUGUCACCCAGCUCUCUUCUGCGUUCUGACUGUUGCAGAGGUGCAAGGCUACAGGAUUCGGCUUCACUUUGAUGGUUACCCUGAAUGCUAUGACUUCUGGGUAAAUGCUGACUCAUGGGAUGUGAAGCCGCCAGGCUGGUGUGAGAAAACCAGCCUUAAGCUGUUGCUGCCAAAAGGCUGCAGAGAUGGAGAGUUUAACUGGAACACAUAUGUAAAGAAUUGUAGGGGUCAACUGGCCCCCAAACAUCUCUUCAAGAGUCUUAAUACAUCGGUCACACCGUCAGGAUUCCGUGCAGGGAUGAAGCUGGAAGCCGUUGACAGGAAGAACCCAUCACUCAUCUGCGUAGCAACCAUUGCUGCUGCAGUCGACAACCGGCUUCUCAUUCACUUUGACGACUGGGAUGAUUCAUAUGAUUAUUGGUGUGAUGCCAGCAGUCCAUACAUUCAUCCAGUAGGGUUCUGUGAGGAGGUGGAGUUAACACUCACUACACCCGCAGAUUAUAAGCCCCCCAAGGUUUUUACUUGGGAAAAGUACCUUGAGGAAACUGGAGCCCAGGCUGCACCAGCAAGAGCCUUUAAACAGAGACAACCACAUGGUUUCCAAAUCGGGAUGAAGGUGGAAGCAGUGGACAAACGUAAUGCCAUGCUUAUCCGUGUAGCCACCAUCUCUGAUGUAGAAGACCACAGAAUCAAGAUCCAUUUUGAUGGCUGGAGUGAGGAGUAUGAUUAUUGGCUAGAUGCUGAUAGCCCAGAUCUGCACCCAGUAGGCUGGUGUCAGAAGACGGGUCAUCCUCUGCAACACCCCAACGGUCCUAGAGAUUCUCCAGUGCCUCCAGGACAAGGCUGCCCAACCCCAGGAUGCAGUGGAGUCGGACACAUCAGAGGACCUCGGGCGGUGAGCUGUCCAUACUCAGAUUUGAAUUUGAAUAAGGACGGGCUGGUGCCAGACAGACUGAACGGGGAGAGGCCGGUCACGCUCAGUGGACCCCCGCGCCACCGCCGUGCUGAAACACUCACUCAGACACACCCUCCCACACCCAGCGCCGGCACCCCUGAAGCCCCUGACACCAGCACGGACGCCUGUCCACAAGCUCGCUCAGUGCGUGACCACGUAGUGUCUGGAAGCGCUCCAAAAUGUGUCAAGCCACCUCAGGUGAAGCAGGAAAGUGAUGGGAAAGAUUCUCUUCAGGAGUUCCUGCAUGAGUCUGUGUUUUGUGGAUGGGAGCCACCGAGGUUUCAUCUGUGUUGGGAAAAGCAUGGGAAACUCUUGCCUGAAGCUUUAGGCCUCAGUGCCAAGAGAGUGGCCAAGUGGAACACAGAAGAGGUGACGAGUUUUGUAAAAGGGCUGCCUGGCUGCAGAGAGCAUGCUGCCACCUUUAGGAAGGAGCAAAUUGAUGGCGAGGCCUUCCUGCUUCUUACUCAAUCAGACAUUGUUAAGAUUCUGAGCAUCAAGCUUGGACCUGCUCUCAAAAUUUAUAAUUCGAUCCUCAUGCUGAAGAGUGCAGAUGAGGAGUAGACGACUCCCAGCAACAGCUGCUCUAUCAGACUUGUAUGAAAGUUGCUCUAGCCACCACCAAUGCGUCCAGCAGACUGACAAAUGUUCAAUCAUCGGUCUCCUAAUGACUGACAGACAUUGACAGAAUCAGCCAAUUCAACAAACUUCAUGCGAUCAGAAAAAUCACAGCUCUUAAGGGCUGAUAUAGAUUUGAUGUCUCCCCUUCAAACUCUGCACCCGCUCUAAAUUAGGACUGAUAUUCUCUUGUGAAACCGAACAUUUGAUUCAUAUUAGACUCUGGGAGGGGUGAGUACACUACACUGAGGCACCUUAAAUUGUUGAAAGCUUAAACUGGAUUCUUUCAUCGCUGAUAUUUAUGUUUUUAUGGUUGCUACAAUGACGGUUAAUUACAAAAGGCACAAUGGUGGAGCGUUUACUUGAAAAUUUUUUUAUUUUUUUUGUAAGAAUGCAAAAAGACCUUUGUAAUUGAACACACAUCCUAAUUAAUCCAAAUGAGCCUGUUUGAGACCACUAGAGGGCAGCAGGAUUGUGUGUGUGUGUGUGUGUGUGUGUGUGUGUGUGUGUGUGUGUGUGUGUGUGUGUGUGUGUGUGUGUGUGUGUGUGUGCCAGCAUGCCAGUAUGUAAGUCUUUUGCAAGCAUGUGAGUGAGAAAAAUGUGUAAAAGUGUACUUGCAUCUAAUGUCAGGGAAUUCUUGCUCUGGGCAAAUCUGGAAUUGAAUCUCUCUGUUUUACUUAAGAUGAAAUGUUUGAUCUUGUAAAGUGCAUUUGUAAAUUGAAGAAAUUGUAUAUUGAACUGGACAGUGUGCUGACACAGUAGACACUGCAGAUAGAGUUGGGAAUAGAAAUGAGGGGUGUGUGUGUGUGAGUGUGUAUUUUAAGACUCUGAGACCCUGACAUUUUGCCUGGUACAUGCAUUCCUGAAUAGUAAGACAUUUUGUUCUGUCAUUCAUCGAGCAAAAGUUUUUGUACAUCUGCUGUAUAAUACAGCUGUAAAUCUCAGCUCUGCUACAACUGAUUUUACAUGUUGGAAUCACUUCAUAUUCAUGUACUGGUUUGGAUUUGCAGUGCUUCUCAAAGUUGUCAUUAUGCAGGCUGUUUUAGGUUCAGAAUAAUAGAUCCAGUUAGGGUUGGAAACGAGAAAAAUGUGAAAAUGGGUGUACAGAAACUAAAAUACUGAAUGAAUAGAUAAUAGUCUGCAGACGCAUUUGAUUACAAGUAAUAAAUGGUUAGGGUCAAGGAUGAGUUUAUAUCAGAUUUUGAUUGUUUUCUUUGGUUUGUGUGUGUGUUUGUAGAUUAAAUGUCUCUCCAAAUAGA